GUUGUAUUUCCCUUCAUUUCGAUCCCUUCUCUGCCUAUAAAACUACAAUUCCCAUCAAAAUCCCAAAUUUUAGGGUUUUCGUGUCCAAUCCAAGGACUUCGUUUAUGAAGAUUUAGAAAAGAGGUUCGAAACUGAUCAUGGAUUUGGGUAGCGAAUCCGUGGAAGAGAACGAAGUGAAUCAUGAUGGAAAUGGAAACGGUGGUCCCUAUGGAAACGAGAAGACUGGGUUGGAAUUGGAGAGAAUUUCGGGUGUCAACGGGUUGGAUCAAAAGGGUACGGUCGAUGAAGUUGAAGUGGAUAGUGGGGAAGGAGUGAAUUCCAAAGGGACACCGACAAAGGGGGUUGGGUUGAAGAAAUGGAAGAGAAUUAGGAGAAAUGUUGUUAAGGAUCCGAAUUCAAGUGCUGAUUCUGGCAAAGUCUUGAAGAGGGGGUUGCCCGCCAAUCCCAAUUUGAGUGAGAAGCAGCCUUAUCUGCGUGAUGUUAAGGAGAGAAGCGAUGGAUCUUCGGAUAUGUUUGGGAAUGUAGUAUUUUCUGACGGGAAUGUGAUUCAUGGUUCGAGUUCGGAUUCUAGAUACGCACUUGGAUCUGGUUAUGUUGUUGGAACUGAUUCUGAGAAUAGUGAGGAUCGGAGUAGCAAGUCUUCUACGGCGGCUAGUGAGCCCAAGUUGAGGCCAGAGAAAAACCGUAGUAAGAAUGUGAAUUCAAAGCAUUUACCGAACUCGGCUCAACGAGUUCAACAGGGAAAGGGACGGACUGAAAGCAGUAAGAAACCAGGAGGAGGUGGAAGGGUCCAAAUUGAGAAAGAAAAUUCUGUCUCUAGUUUGGAAUCUGAUUCUAGAAGCUCCAACUUUAAGCAGGGUGGUUUUUCAGUUACUAGUAAUGGAAAACACAGUGGUAGGACAAAUAUUUAUGAUGGAGUUAAUAGUGGUGAAGCACACGUUAAUGAUUUCACUGAGGGAGUUGAAGCUGUUUAUGGCAACGAAAAUAUUGUAGAGGAUGAAGAUCUUCUACCGGAUAAUUUGGCUACAAAUUUGUCUUGGGAUGUUACAGAAGAAAAAAGUGUGAACAACCAACCAUCAUCCAUUGAAGAUCCCUUAAUUGAAUCAGUUAAUAGCCUUCAGGCUGUCCAGGAGGCACUUCAAGAAGAACUCCAGAAAUUCAGGGAGAUUGGGAUUGAAGCCAUUUCACCGGAUGUUGAUGACUCUGCCAAGUGUAGCAGUGCAUCUGCUGGUACUACUGUUGAUCUUGGACUUAAUAAAUUAAGCCAUUCUGAUCAGUCUGGUGCUGAAGAAAUUAAACAAACUGCUUCGAGUUCCUCGGAUCCUCGGGUAUUGAGCCUGACACAAAAUAUAAAUAUUUUGGAAGGCAAGCUGGAGGAGUUACAAGGUGUGCUUGCUCUGAAAGACUCCAGGAUUGCUGAACUUGAAACAUCCUUGACUAGUGUAAAGAUUUCUGGUGAAGAAUCUGCUAGAACGGCAGGUUUUUCUGAGAUAAAAUGCGAAGGGGUUGAAUCUGAGCUCGAGCACCUUUUCCGGCUGAAGAUUGAAACUGAGAUUGGAUACCUAGCCUUCUCAAAGGCAGCAAAGCAGAACCUGAAGGAUGGAGCAAGUUUCCAACAGUCAUUAUUGGAAGAACAAGAGAAACUGUCUGAAAGUCAAGCGCAGGUUCUGCACAAACUUGUAGAUGCAGAGGGUAAGGCUUCAGUUCUGAAAAACAAAGCAGAAGAGUUGGAAAAAUAUUGUGGUGAUAGUGUAGUUGUUCAGGAGUCUUUUGUGCUGCAGAAAAAAGUAUGUAAGGUUACAUUUUAUCUUCUCAUACAGAUAAUCUUUUUUGUUUUCUUCUUUUGGUUUUUUCUGUCACAGUUAUCACCCAAUUCUGGGAUGGUUGUACCCACUUAGGUCUGCAAAAUUAGGUUCAUUUUGUGCAAUCUCAAAAGUUCUAUUUUUUGCUGAUCUUUGAAUGUAAAAUUUCGUUGUUAUAAUAUAAAACUGACCCUUCUUUCUCUGGGUA